AUGGUGCCGACGAUCAUACCCUCGCAGGAGGCGAAGAUGGCCAUGGGCGCGGAUCUGACAGCCAGUCCGAACGCCAUCGACCCAGUCAGUUCAAGUGCAGAUGGGUUGGCUGCACGUACGCCGGAGCUUUCACUCGGGAAACGUGCCUAUGGCGGCACAUCAAAACCACACAUGUCUCCCCAAGCUUAUUCAAAUGUCCAGAACCACAAUGCAACAAAACCUUCGGUCGGAAGGACAAACUUCAAUCCCACAUGCGACAAGCACAUCUGA